AUGCCGCUAGAGCCAGAUACCGAUCCGCAGGGUGACAGAAGGAGGGCUAAACGGAGAAAACUUGAGUCCGACGAUAAAAGAGAAGGACUGCAAGCCUUUCGCUAUGGUCACUAUGGCCAAGUCGUUCCUGGGGCGCUCAGAAUGGAAAUCAAGAUGUGCGAUGGUGGAACGUACGACGAUGAUACCGAUGGCGAGAAUGCGUCUCCUGAGUGCGUUCUGCGAAACGAUUCGACUGUUUACUGUACGAAGACAGAUCGGUGCAAUUUGAUCCUGAAGCAUCGGGAAGACACCCCGUUCUGCUUAAGCAGAAUUGUCAUUAGAGCUCCAAAGAUUGGCUACGAUGCUCCGAUACAAGAGGGAAUGGUCUUCGUUUCAAUGACAUAUGACGACGUCUUGGCUCGAACAGCGGCUUUCAGGGUACUCAAAUCGGAUCCUCGACGUCCCCUCCGAAAUAGGCGGAAUGGAAUGCAACCCUCCGAACAAUAUAUGAACGCAUUUCGCACCCCACUCCAAUAUUUAGAAAGAUCUGCUUCUGGUAGCACGGAUUCUCCGUCAGACUCUGAUAGUGAUAUCAGUGCCAUCGCAGGCCCUGACGCUCCUGAUCCUAUGGCCGAAUUCCAGGUGACAACUGAGUAUGACGGUACCUCGGACGGGGAUGACGGGGAUGAUUUGGACAGCGAGGACGAUAUGGCAGAUGACUUCGAACGCUCCGAAAGUGAGGACAGCGGAACAGAGAGAGUCGUAGCGGAUGAGGCAACAUUCAACCGCAGACGUGAUGAGAUGCUGCAGCGUAUAGAGGCCAUGGAGUGGUCAUAUGAGGUCGAACAUCGCGGACUACAACGGCGGCGUCGGGUACCCACUCAUGUUGAGCCUGCUGCAGCUUCUGCGCCCUCAGAUUCCCAGCGCACAAGCCCGUCCUCCCCACCUGUCCUGAAGCCACAUGCACGCUUCUCGAUAGAGCGAGCGAAGAGUAUGGUCAACAUCAAGUUCGACCCCCCAGCGUCUGGGAGAUACGUUCUAGUGAAGCUAUGGAACCCCCGCAUCGACGGCAACAUCGAUAUCCAGAGCAUCGUCACAUACGGCUGGAGUUCUCGGAUUCAAAAGGAAUGGAUGCUUACUCAUUGA